UGCCAGUCUAUUUCCUGGUUGCGUAGCGUCAAAACAACCCCCUCUGUUGAGACUGGAUUUUUUUUCCUUCUUCACCUGUAAAUCUCAAACGCCGUUACUUACCUUCCCACCACCAUGUUCAGGGGUUUCGGGACGUGGCUGGGCCUGGAGGACCAGGCGUACAACAAGACGUCUGGCGACAGAGAGGACCCGAGUGUGCUGGAGCAGGAGGAGAAGGUGGUGGAGGCGCAGAACGAGGUAAACAAACAGCAACCAGCUGACGAGGUCGGAGAACCGGAGGCGGACCGAGAGAAUUCCGAGCACGGGAAAGGACUCAGCGAUUACAUCUUUAGCUUCGCGUCCAGUGCCACCAAGAAGAUCUCUGAGUCUGUGGUGGAGACCGCUCAGAACAUCAAGAAGACGGUGGAGGAAGGGAAGAUCGACGGCAUCAUAGACAAGACUUUCCUCGGAGACUUUCAGAAGGAGCAAGAGAAAUUCGUCCAGGAGAAAAAAGCCAAAAAAUCUGACACAGCGGUGCCCCCCUGGGUCGGCUACAACGAGGAGGAGACCAUCCAGCAGCAGAUCCUCGCCCUGUCAGCCGACAAGAGGAACUUCUUGCGCGACCCUCCUGCCGGUGUUCAGUUCCACUUCGACAUGGAGCAGAUGUACCCGCUGGCUGCAGUGAUGCUGGAGGAGGACCUGCUCCUCAACCGCAUGCGCUUCGACCUGGUCCCUAAACGUGUGAAGGAGGAGGUUUUCUGGAGGAAUUAUUUCUACCGGGUGUCUCUGGUCAAGCAGUCGGCUCAGCUCACAGCGCUGGCGGCCCAGCAGCAGCAGCAGAAGGACGGCGUGGACAGAGCGGCCAGUGGCUCAGCCGAGGACGUCGUCCUAACAGACAAGGUCAGACCCAAAACUCCACCAGUUUCCAUCAGCGACAAACAGCAGCCACCCCAGGAGGAAGAGGAGGAGAUGUCGACGAGUCCCGGCGUGUCCGAGUUUGUGAGCGACGCUUUCGACUCAACGGGCAUCGACCAGGAGGACCUGAGGAAAGAGAUGGAGCAGCUGGUGCUGGACAAGAAGGACUCCGCCGACGAUGAGACGCCAGACUGGGAGAAGGAGCUGCAGCAGGAGCUCCAGGAGUACGAGGUGGUGGCCGAGGUGGACAACAAAGACGACCAGUGGGACCAGGAGAUCGAGAAGAUGCUUCAGGCCGACGAAAACUAGGCGGCUGCCGCUCGCUGAUCUUGCCCAGAACGGAGGACUCGGUGACCCGGUGAUACACAAGCCAUCAUGUAAAGCGCCUGUACCCCAAUGACGCUGUAGAUCCAAUAAGGACAAGACUGCAUCGCCUCUGUUGGAAACGAUGGGCGUAUCCAGACGUGUUGGUAGAAGUGACGCUGCUACAUUGCUCCUUCCGACGUUUAUCUACUUGCUUUCGCCUCCCCUCUCUCUUUUUGACUGGGGGGAAGAAAAACACAUAGAAGCUGCUAGAGGGCGCUCCAGUACAAGUACAGUGAAUUUUAUAAUUGGGGGGGGGGGGGGCUUGUUUGAAAUGACAUGAAACGUAUUAUCUUUGUUUCCUCUACUGCUCUCCGGAGGGUUGUACAGUAAAGUCUCGGUAUAGUCAUAGUACAGGAAAGUCAAAUGUAAAGUUACCGUUCUGUAAAUAAAUAAAAAAGUAUUCUAACACUCUA